UACAUAAAAAAUUACAAAAACUACAUUUUUAAAUCGUUAUACUCCAAUAUAAAACUGGACAACAUGUCAAUAGCGACAGGUGCUGAUAUAAUGACCGCUCGACAACUAUUCCCAUGCUGGGACGAGAUAGCACUUAAUUCAACUUUUAAAAUUUCCAUCAAACAUCAUAAAAAUUACACUGUCUUAUCAAAUAUGCCUAUACAAACAACAAAAAAUGAUGACAGACGUGACAUGAUGUGGACACAUUUUGAGAAAUCACUUUCAAUGUUCAUUCAACAUUUAAAGUUUGUGAUAACCACAUUCACUAAGAUUCAUACUUCGAAUGCAAACGUCACACUUUGGAGUAGGAAAAAUGUGGCACACUAUUUACAAUUAGCGAAAUAUAUUGUCCCACAAGUCCUAAACUUUCUGGAACGUGAAAACAGUAUAAAGAAAUUACCAAAAAUAGACUAUGUUGCAAUUUGUGAUACUCAACAUAAUAACAGUGUAACAUGGGGACUGAUUAUACAAAGAGAAGCUGAUAUUAUUUAUGAUGGAAACUCAUAUCCCGUUGGGUAUGAAUUAAAAGUGGCACGCUUUAUAACAAUUCAAAUAGUAUCUCUUUGGUAUAAUGAUGUGCUGCUGUGGUCAAAAAGAGGUUUUCUUACAUUUCUUGCAACGUUUAUCUUGAAUCAGAUUUUUCCGUAUAAUGACAUAAUCAACUUAUUUAUCGUAGAAACACAACGGGAGUCUUUACUCUUUGAUACUCCUUCUAAUGCAAAUAAAACGAAUUCACUUAGUUAUCUUUUAGGUCAUAUAAAACCAUCCAAUAUAUGGCGCAUGUUACACCAUUUGAUAACUUCUGAUGUGUUUUGGACUGGCAUCCGCACAUACAUUAAUAACAAACAGUAUAAGCAACCAAAUAAUUUAAGGAACAUUAUGCAAACUGUUUUACAAACGUAUCCAGAUAAUACAAAAGUAUUUAUUAUAAAAGAAUUUAUAUCAGUUUGGAUUGUAGAAAACUAUUAUUAUCCAGUACUGUACGUGACACGAAAUUAUUUAAUUAGCAGAACAAGAGUCGUGUAUGAAACUUCUGAUUUUAUUGACGAGGACAGAAAACAUCUUCCAAUAUUCGUGACAUAUACAACAAAAUCAAUCAUGGAUUUUCAAAACAUUUUUGUCAAUAAAUCCUUUUGGCUAGCACCGCAAAAAGCAAAAAUAUUAUCGGAAAAGAUUGAUGCAGAUUGGAUUAUAGUAAAUUUACAACAAACAGGGUAUUAUCGUGUUAAUUAUAAUGUUGAAAAUUGGCUAAAACUUGCACAGUACAUGAAUUCUACGAAAUAUAUCGACAUACAUGUUCUCAAUCGAGCCCAAAUCAUAGAUGAUGCGUUUCACUUCUUUAUACAUAAACAACUUGAUUACGUUACGUUUUGGAAAAUCCCUGCAUUCUUAACACGAGAAACGAAUUAUGUAGUAUGGUAUCCUAUGUUUAAAGCUUUUGAACAAAUAACUGUUAUGAUUUCAUUUAAAAAUGCUGAUGACGUAAAGAAAAAGAUGGAAAAAAUAUUGACUGGAGUUUUGUAUGAAAUAGGAUACGUUGCACAACAAAACGACAACAUUCUUACAAAAUGUUUAAGAGAAGAAGUCGUAAAAUGGGCAUGUUUUAUUGGUAACAAAGAAUGCAGAAAAGUAGCCAAUAUGCAAAUGACAAAAGAUCUAUAUUCUGAAAGUGGCAUUUUUGUAACGCAAUCGGAAUGGAAAGGAUGGAUGUAUUGUAAUGGUUUGGUGUCAGCAAACAGCACCAUUUGGUAUGACGUAUGGGACAAAUGGACAAACACACCUGAUGAUAUAAAAUUUUUAGAGUAUUUAACUUGCAGUGAAGAUCCUUCAGUUAUUUCUAAUUAUCUGCUGCUGAAUUCGAUUGAUGAUUUUUUGUUACAACACAACAAUACACGUGCUUAUAUGUUUCUUCUUACCGUUGCGAGGCAUGCAAGAAACGAUAUAGUUUGCAACUUUAUUUUGCAAAAUCUCAACAAUAAUACACUUAUGCUCAUCUCCAACACGCAAGCUGAAAUAAUUGCAAUGUUCAUAGUUAUUAUUACGCAUCAACAUGCUGUAGAGCAAUUAAAUAAGAUUUCUCCGGAUUAUGACGUAAUGGAUUUAUUUAUUGUUGAAACACAACGGGAAUCUUUUCUCUUUGAUACUCCUUCUAAUGCAAUUGAAACGCAUUCACUUAGCUAUCUUCUAGAUCAUGUAAAACCAUCAAAUAUAUGGCGCAUGUUACACCAGUUGACUGCUAAUGUGUUUGGACUGGUAUCCACACAUAUAUUAAUAACAAACAAUAUAAUAAACCAAAUGAUUUAACGAACAUUAUGCAAACUGUUUUACAAACGUAUCCAGAUGAUACAAAAGUAUUUA